AUGGCGUCAUUUUUACUUUUAGAAUGUUUAGAAAAGGUUUUCUUGAAUCUUCUGGAUGAAACUCUUCUUGAUACCAAUUGUCAUGCCAACAUAUCAACUAGAGAUUUAUAUUCUUGUACAUUAGUAUCAAGACAUUGGUGUAGAAUAUCAACACCAAUCUUAUACGCUUACCCAUUCAAUCAUUUCCGUCGUUUAGCUUAUUCAAGAUUUUAUUAUAACAUCCCAAAUUUAUUAUUAUCUUAUUUUAAAUUAAUUCGUACAUUAUUAAAUUGUAUCCCAAAAUCCGAGAUUGAACAAAUUAAUUUGUCAAAUUCUCACGAUGAACAAAAUUUAUUAUCCGAGGUCUUUCAUUUUGAUGAAAAAUUUUACUCUUCUAAACCAAUGUUCAAUUAUAUUACUUUUAUUCGUAGUUUAAUUUUUGAUAAAUUAUUAUCUGAUUCAGAUAAAUUAGUUCGUUACCGAAAAAUAUGGUUUCCUCCUUUUAUUUCAGAUAUUAAUAUAACAGAAAAUCAAUUUUCAAAAAUUUCUAUUCACAUUAUAAAUUAUUUUGUAAAGUUCUUAUGUGAAUAUUGUAACAAUUUAAUAACGUUAGAAUUUCCAUUUUCAAUACAAAACGAUGAAUUUUUUAAUGAUACGAUCGAAUUAUUAUUUGGUAAAAAUUGCAACGGAAAUAAUAAAUUGAACGAUUUAAAACAAUUAUAUUAUACUAAAAAUUAUGGAAAUGAAAGAGGAAAAGAUCUUUAUUUAACCUUUUCAAAUAAUGUUUUUAAUUUAAAUUUGCUUUAUAAUGAAAAAAUCAACUCAAUUGAAGAAGCAAAUUCAUUAUCUCAAUUUAUUUCUUCACAAAAAAAGUUACAACAUAUUAUAUUAUCAGAAAAUAGACGUGAUUCAGCUUAUUAUGUACUCUUUGGUUAUAAUAGUAAUAUUGAUAGUUACUAUAAUAUUGUGUUAAAUUCAUUAUCAGCACAAAGUGAAAGUUUGCAGACGUUAGAAUUUAAUUAUAUCCCUUUUGGUAAAAUAAAUAAGGAGGCGUUAAAUUCACUAUGUUUACUUAAAAAUAUCAGAGUGUUAAAGUUACAUAAUUGUAUAAGAAUAGAUGAUAAUUUAAUUGCAUGGGCGAAGAAUCUAACAAGGCUUGAGGUUUUUGAACUUGUAAAAUAUCAAAUUCGAAAUGUUUCUGAAGGUUUCUUAAUUCAAUUACUUCAAUCUUCUUCAAAUACUUUGAUUAGAUUAGUUGUAAAUUAUAAAAAGUCAGAUUGUCAAUCAUUAUUACAACAAAUUCCACUUCAUUUAAAUUCAUUAAUUCAUUUAGAUCUCGCUAAAAUUUAUUCAGAUGAAUUGAUUCUUAUAUUUAAAUCUUGUACUCGAUUAGUUUAUAUUAGCGUAAUAUUAUCAAAUGAUGAAUUAUGGGGAAUAAGAUUUAUGAAUUUGGGUAAAUUAAUUCCUAGAAAUUUAUUAAAAAUUCAACUUAAAGAGAUGGAUCGUUUAUUAUUUGAUAAUAAACAAUUAAAAUGUUUCUUUGAAGAAUGUGUAAAUAAUGAUAGUAAACUAAAAUAUUUAGAAAUUAUUGGAAAUUGUGAUAAUAUUAAAAAAGAAUAUUCUGAUGUUGCUAAUGAUUUUAGUAUACAAUUAAUAACUUAUUCCCCCGUUUUACCGACGCCUGUUCCAUUUUUAUAA